AUGUCUCAUAAACAAGGGAAGUUAAGCCCAAACACUCCGAAGACAAACGCGAAUGUUGAUAAUCGUAACACAGGUCUUGAUGCGGUGGAAUACGAAGAAGCAAUGGAAGUGGAGCAACCUUUAAGCGAUACUUCUGAGCAUGACCCAUCCUCAGAUGUAAGCCAGGAUGAGCAACAACCGUGGCUUUAUACUGCACCCAAGGGUUGCUGUGGGAAUCCAUGCGAGCAAACGGAUGCUUCUGUAGAUGUAUAUGAUGAGAAUGACGAAGCCAGAGCCUCAGGCGUUAUUGAAGCUGUCUUUGAGAACAUUCUGCGUCACAAACAAGCAGCCGCACGGGGGGAUGUUCGUGUGCUUGGUGGAUCAGGGAUGAUUCGAUGCCUGCCUUGGAAAAUACUCGUUAUUUUUCACCCUGCAGAUGUUCAUGCAACAAUUGGCGUUUUUGUACAAUGUAAUGCAGAUAGUGAAUCACAAACAUGGAGCUGUACUGCUAAGGCAACAAUUCAGUUAGUUGCCCAGAAACCUAACUGUAAAAGCAAAGAAAUGAAAAUUCAGCACACUUUCACACACAAGGAGAAUGAUUGGGGAUUUCAGCAGUUUAUUGGUUAUGAGGAGUUGCUAAAUCCUGAAAGAGGAUUUUUAUCUCCAACUGAGCCAAAAGAUACUAUUAUUAUACGCGCUCAUAUCAAAGCUGAUGCACCUCAUGGUGCUGAUUGGGACUCAAAACGCCAUACUGGAUUUGUCGGCUUAAAAAAUCAGGGCGCUACCUGCUACUUGAAUUCUCUUCUUCAGGCAUUGUAUUGCACUAAUAAGUUAAGACGUGCUGUUUUCCUAAUGCCCACUGAAAGUGACGAUGCUCAAACUAGUGUACCACUAGCAUUGCAGAGAGUGUUUUAUGAGUUACAGUUUAGCAGUCGUGCCGUAGGCACUAAAAAGCUAACUCGUAGCUUUGGUUGGGCUACUUUAGAUUCAUUUAUGCAACACGAUGCUCAAGAAUUAUGCCGUGUUCUUUUAGACAACUUAGAAAACAAAAUGAAGGGGACAUCAGUUGAAGAUGUUAUACCUGGCCUUUUUUGUGGGAAAAUGCUUUCUUAUAUAAAUUGCAUCAACGUUCCUUAUUCUUCCAAGAGAGAAGAGAAUUUUUAUGAUAUCCAACUCAAGGUAAAUGGGAACCGUUCUGUUUAUGACGCUUUCACUGAAUACAUUGCUAAAGAAACUCUUUCUCAGGACAAUAAAUACGAUGCUGGUGCUUAUGGACUUCAGGAAGCAGAAAAGGGUGUUAUAUUUACACGAUUUCCACCGGUUUUAUAUCUACAACUAAUGAGAUUCCAGUAUGACUUCGUUGCUGAUACAAAUAUUAAAUUGAAUGAUCGUUUCGAAUUCCCAUAUAUUCUAAAGCUAGAUCAAUAUCUGGCGGAACCUAAACCAUCUACAUACAAACUUCACGCUGUACUUGUACACUCUGGUGAUAAUCAUGGUGGUCAUUAUGUUGUGUAUAUAAAUCCGGCUUUAAAUGGUAUUUGGUAUCAGUUUGAUGAUGACGUUGUUUCACGUUGCUCACCUCGUGAUGCUAUAGAUAUGAAUUUCGGAGGCACUGAUGACCCAGAUAUGCGCCUAUGCACAAAUGCUUAUAUGCUGGUUUAUAUUGCAGAAUCAGCCAAAGAUGAUGUUUUAUGCCCUCUUUCGGAGAAUGAUAUUCCAGAGACAUUGCGUGAACGAUUUAUGGAUGAACAAAGAAUGGAUGAGGCGAAGAGAAAACAGAAGGAAAAAGUUCAUUUAUAUGCUGCUAUCCAUUUAAUUCUUGAGGAGGAUUUCUACGGUUGGCAGGGCCCAGAUCUGUGUAGUCAAGAAUUUUUACCUAGUAGAAUGCUACGUGUUCAAAAACAAACUGUUCGUCCAAAGUUGUUAGAAGAUGUUGCCAGUGUGUUGCAUUAUCAACCUGAAUGCAUACGUUUAUGGAGAUUUCAACCUCGACGUAAAAAUAUGCCCACUCAUUUAAUUGAACUUAAUGAUAACCAACCUCUGUGUGCAAUGAAGGAUACUCUUAUCUUCUAUGUUCAGUCUGACUCUUCAACCAAUUCAUCCAUAUCCCGAUUAGAUAAAGAACAAGCUGUCGCAGAUCGGCAUCUGUUUUUCUUAAAAUACUUUGACCCAUUCACUUGGACUUUAACAUUUUGUGGUCAUGUGGAAAUUCGCAGAGAUGAACCAUUGAAAAUGAUUGAAUCAAUAGCUCGAGAACGCGCUGGGUUACCUGCAAGUUGUAAAUUAACUUUUUAUCAAGAUGAUGCAAAGACUUUGGUUUCCGAAAUUCCCCAGAUGGAUAUUCCAGUAUCGAAAAUGUUUAAACGCGAAAUCCAGGGUCAGAUUCUUUAUUUCCAAGCUAGAUCAAUCAAUUGUUCUAUCCCUUUACCUUUUGGCUUGAUGGAGACGACUGAAGUUGGCAAAGAAGCUUUGAGCAGUUUGGCUGAUGAAGGAAAUAUUUCAACUUCUGCUGCAAGCAAUUUAACUGUAGAGAGUUAUUUACUUCCAGAUAAUGGUCAGACUAUCGGAGUUAAUGGAGUAGUUACUGUUCCUCAUACAAUUGAGGAUAAUGUAAGCGGUAAUGCAAACGCUAACAGACAUACAUCAGAGACUAGUUGUGUUGUUUCACGGUCGGGGAUUGACUCUAUUACUUUGCAUAAAAUAGCAACUUUCCCAGCAAUGUCUGGUAAUAGAUCUCGAUCUUCUAUGAAUCUAGCUGGUCAACCAAUGAUGGUAGAUUUACAGACACAGUCAACGUUAUCAGCCGAAAAGCUAUCGAUUUUUGAUUACUUCAGCAGUUAUUUACGUCAGUUUGAAAUACUACUGGUAGAUAAACUUCGGCCUUAUGAUGCUGGUAUACUCAUUCACGUAUCAGCAGAUCUUACGUAUUGGGAGUUCGCUAAUAUCGCUGCCGCCUGCCUAUCAACACAAAGUAAUCGACUUCAGUUUUUCCGUUCCCAGCAAGGAUUUGGAAGUGCAGCGGAUGCUGUCAGCGCCCCAAUUUAUGUUUCUCCUGUCAAUACAGGGACUGGAAACGAACUUGCAUCCCCACCUGUCAGUUCAGAGACUGCAAAUAACACUUGUGGUCCAAACAAUGCAUCUUUGACGGAGAGUGCUACUGUUGGAGGCGCUUCAGGAACACUUAUCAAUCCUCAUCUAUUAACUGCAAAAUCGUCUGGUUUCCCUACGUCUUCAGCUUACCUGAAUUCACUGGUAGCCACUGCGGCUGCUCAAGGUCUGGCGAGAGAACCUCCAGGUGCUGCAAUAAGCUCCUCGCAUUCUGGUACUUUGCAAGAAUUUUUCCUUCCAUUUACAGUCGCACCACCGAAUAAUUCGUGGGCUUCUGAAGUUGGUACUGUUGGUGUGGGUUUGGUUGGUGGCGCAAAUACACUGUCAGGAGCCGGUGGAAAUGCAGUCGCUCCAGAUCGUUUUCCCGUGCCUCUUAAUCGCUUUUGUGGCGCUGUAACCGUAAACCGUUCGCCUUUUGGACCGGUUACGUCUCCUCCUCCACGUCGUGUUUAUUACGCACAUCUAGCAAUCCGAAUUGAUGAGCUUGAAACUAUGCGUCAAGUUCGAGUGAUAUAUGUUGGCCAAAAACUAUCUGAGAAAGCAGAAUUAAUUCUCUCGGUACCUCAAAAUGGCUUAGUUUUGGAUCUUCUCAAAGAAGCUGCUCGUCACUUGGUUUUACCCCCUGGUGGCUCUGGACAACUUCGUCUGCUCAAAGUUUCUCGUAAUAGGAUUAUACAAGAGUACCCACCAUCACAGAAACUUUCACUUAUACCAGAAUCUGCAGCGUUCCCACAAGCGUAUGCAGGCACAUCUGUCAUACAAUGCCUUCGUAUAGAGGAGAUUCCUUUAGAUGAAUUGAAUUUAAAACCAAGUGAAACUGUUGUGUAUGUUUCUCAUUUUGACAAGUCAUUUACAGAGACAUUUGGAGUACCGUUCACUGUUCGUAUUCGUGAUGGUGAGAAUUACAGUGCUGUUCGUGAACGUAUACGUAGACGACUGGAAGUGCCUGAGAAAGAGUUUGAUCGCUGGCGAUUCGCAGUAAUUUUUCCUAAUGAAGGUACCUAUAUUCCAAACGAAGAAGACCCAUUAG